AGACAUUCAACUCAUUCGGACCACUAUGAGGUGUUUUCUGGUAAUUUGUGUCCUGGCUCUGGCUGCUCCGGCUAUACAAGCCCGCACCAUGGAUCGGUGCUCCUUGGCUCGGGAGAUGUCAAAUCUGGGAGUCCCUCGUGACCAACUGAGCAAGUGGACCUGCAUUGCGGAGCACGAGAGUUCCUAUCGAACUGAAGUGGUCGGUCCACCCAACUCCGAUGGGUCCAACGACUAUGGAAUCUUCCAGAUCAACGACCUCUAUUGGUGUCAGCCUCCGAGUGGAAAGUUCUCCCACAACGGUUGCGGGCUGAGCUGCAAUGACCUCUUGACCGACGACAUCAGCAGGUCGGUGAGAUGUGCCCAAACUGUCCUGGGUCAACAAGGAUGGCCUGCCUGGUCCACUUGGCACUUCUGCAGUGGGGACCUGCCUCCGAUCGAUGAUUGCUUCAAAUAGUGAGACACACAUUUUAUCUUGUGUAAUAUUACUCUUUCUUUAUGUAUUGCCAUAAGUAAUAAUAAAACACACAUACUAUAUAUACAUUGUUAAUCAAAUGUAUUACUCUUAGUUGGUUUAACUUCAAU